AUGGUGAAGAGCAAUCCUAGUUAUCUUGGCAUCUCUGAGCCAAUCUCGUUAAGCGGGCCGACCGAGAAGGAUGUCAUUCAGACAGCUGAGGUCGAAAAGUUUCUUGCUGACGCGGGCUUGUACGAGAGUCAGGAGGAGGCUGUCUCUCGAGAAGAGGUCUUAGGCAAACUUGACCGGACUGUGAAAACAUGGAUUAAGAAGGCCACUCGAGUGAGCGGCUAUGGCGACCAGUUUGUGCAACAAGCAAAUGCUAAGAUCUUCACAUUUGGUUCAUACCGCCUUGGGGUGCACGGUCUUGGCGCAGAUAUUGAUACGCUAUAUGUGGGUCCAAGACAUGCAACUCGGAAUAUUCUUGAGAUUAUGUGGCUAGUCUGUAGCAGUUUUUUUGCAUUUAUUUUUAGCACUUCUAUUUUAAGUUCACAGGCAAUAGAUGAAAAUAGAGCAACCUGGGAUGAUUUAUUCGAGCCAUAUCCAUUUUUUGAAUUAUAUAGAAAUUAUUUAGAGGUUGGUAUCACAGCGAGAAAUGAAGAUGACCUCACGAAUUGGAAAGGUUGGGUAGAGUCUCACCUUCGAACGCUUGUAUUGAAGGUCGCAGUUCUUGCUUAUGUACAUAGGAGAGAAGGAAUCGAUAUUGAUGUGUCCCAUGUAAAAAGAAAAGAUAUCCCUUUGUUCGUUUUUUCUGGUGGAGUACGCCCUCGUCGUUCUUCCAGAACAGCAGCUAGGAACAGUCGCACUGUUUCUAGGAAUGAUGUUACAGCUGAUGUUCAAGUUGGAAAUCCAUUGGGUGUUUCUAGGAAUGAUGUUACAGUUGAUGGUCAAGUUGGAAAUCCAUUGACCGCUGAAAGUUGGAGUGAUCCUCAAUCUGUUGUAGAUCGUUCUCGUGGCUAUCAAAGUACUUCUUUGUUGGCCCCUAGUGUAUCAAGUAAAGAAACCCAAAAUAUUUUGAAUGGACAUUCAAAUCUUCACACAGAAUUUGUUGAGCAUAAACAUCCAGGGCACUUUCUUGGAGGUACAUCUUCUCCUGGGAACAUUGUCGUGUCUGAUGUAGUUACACAACCAAUCAAUAUGCCAUCUACUUCAAGCAAUGCUGGUCCAACAAAUGGGUUGGCCAUUUGUUUCAAUAGUUCACAUAAGGAAUCUGAGGGGAUUCCUUCAAAUAACCCCGUGAAUUUCUAUCCAGCUGUGGCUGAUGAGCUGGUAUCGUAUCAAGCUAAGCCUGACAAUAAACAUGUGGUUCCUCUUCAUGGAUCAUCUUUGGAGGGAUGUUCUAGAAGGAGCCCGGGCCAAACACGCAAUUUGAGUUCCCAUGGUAAUAAUCAUCUGAAGCGCAAGGCUGAGGAAGAGCUGGAGCUUCUUCCACUAUUUCCAUCUUAUGAUUUUUAA